GUAAAUGGGUCCUCGCCCUCCCCGGCUGCUGCCAGGCAGUUCAGCAUGAAAAGUUGGCCAUAGGCAAGGGGUCGAGAAGUACGGCGGGUACACGGGUACACGUUGCGAGAGGAACGAGCUGUCAGAGGUAUGUGUCCGCAGCCGUUUUGGCUGAGGUCGCUUUGCUUUUCGCCAGGGCAACGGCCCUCACCGUUGGGAAGAAGCCGCGUGGGCCUCGCACGAGGACAUCGGAACUGGGAGCCAUACCCCUUGCAGCCAGGCGGGAUGGCAGCCCGCGCGCUGAUCGCCACGCACUUCGAAGCCACGCUCGCGCUGCCAGUGCCCUGUGCGCCCCCGCCGUCCGAGAGGGCCCCGGUGCUGCUGCCACAGGUCGCCCCGCGCCCUCCGCUGCUGCCGCCCGCGGCCGUGCCGCGCUCCGGCCUGAAAGGGUGCCCGGCCGCGGCCGCCAAGAGCACCAGUGCACCCUGGGGUGCUGCGCACGAGCUCCCCGCGGUCACCCCAUCCACCGCGGUGUCGCUGGCGACCAGGACGCCGUCCAUGAGCACGGUGCCCAGCGACGACGAGCAGGGGGAUGGCACGGACAGGCUGUGGGAACGGGCGCUGCGGGGUGGCGGCGAGCUGGCGAGGACCCUGAGGGUCAAGAACACGUUCCUGGAGUUCCCGCCCAGGCUGCACCUCGAAGGUGGUGGCGAGAGCCCCCGGCGGGCACUUUCUGCGCCGCCGCCCGGUCGCGCUGUGGGCGAGUCCCAGGAGGCGGCGGCGUCAGCGUUGCCGGGCGAGGGGCGGGUCGCCGGGGUGGAGGGCCCUGCUCGCGUGCCAACGCUGGGCUCGGCGCUGCACGGGUCUGGCAGGUGCAAGCCCUGCGCGUUCGUGCACACGAAGGGCUGCCAGUCUGGCGAGGGCUGCGCUUUUUGCCACCUGUGUGACCCAGAGGAGAAGAAGCGACGCCAGAGGGACCGGUGGGAGAGCAAGCGCAGCAUUUGGCGCGCCUUCCGCAAGCAGGGGCGGCGCGCCAGCGCUGCCGACAGGAGGCUAACGUCCCCAGCGGGCAGGAACAUGGGGGCGCCUUGAGCGGCGCCGUGGCCAGCGAGGUGAAGGAUGAGGAGGGAUGCGAUAGGACUCGCGAGCGGGGAGGAAGCGCAAAGUAGGGCGUGUGCGGUUUUAGAACAGGACCGCCUAUCUGACGGCGGCCUGGGGGCAUCCGCUCUGCUAGGCUUCGUCCGUUGCCUGGGCGGAUCGGCCUCUUCGGGAUGGCUCCUCCAUGCUGUAUGCCCAGCCGGGGGAGCUUCCAAAGUCAGGCAGCCGGUUAGCGGAGACAUGUUGGGGGCAAUGACAGCGACAAUGCCAGGCAGUGGGGUUCUCAGCUUAUUACUUCAUCAACAAGCCCUGUACCCUUCCUUUUCACUGCCAGUACCUCGCUCCUGUCGCGCAGCACGUCUGUGAUCCGGGGGGCUGCCUGUGCGCGCGGCGGCCCUGCCCUUAAGUUUCGUUCGGUGCUGUCACAUGUUUCCGGGGACACGUUGUGCGCGCCGCAGCAGGUUGAUCUUUAAGAUGUUCUCGCGAUGCGCACGUCGGUGCGACCAGGUUUUGAUAACGAUUGUCCAGGGUUCGGCCAGCAGCUUAGAUAAUUGCGCCGCGGGCCAGCUCAGGACCGAGCCGCGCACGCCUGAUCAUCCGAUGGCCAGGACUGCCCCAUUAUGAUCCUUUGAUCGACCUGCUCUCGCUCCUCAUUCUUUCGGAAGCAGCGCAAAACUGCAUAAGCAAUAUCUUUCGGAGCUCCGCGCAGAGUCCUCGGAUCGGCGUUGGCCGAUCCAAGAAAUCCGCCCAGAACUCCGACAAUUUAUGAUUAUGCACUUGUCCCCUUCCCCUAUGUUUAGCCAGCCUUUCCUGCAACGGCGAGCGGGAAACAGCGAGCUCGCCCAGGAUUGUAAUUCGAGCGCUGCGCGGAUGCUGCCUGCGGAUCCAGGUCCACGCCGCAUCCAGCAAGCUCGAACGUCACCGCCUUCACCAUCACCUCUCCCGCCGUCAUCAUCCCUGCACCCGCUACUCUGUCCGACACCCGUGGUACGGUGACUCUCGACCCUAUUUGGCCGCCGUCACAAUCGCGCGGCCUGCACGUGGCUGUAAUUUGCCAGGCCGCCAUUUCGGCGUGCGGCGCGCGGCGUGCCAUGCCUGUCAUGAGGGAAAUGGGCCCCGAGGGAAACAACGGGUCCUGGACUCUAGGAAGCUUUUCCAGGAACGCCUUGUCAUCCCGAGCCGGUUUUGCUUGUCUUGGGGACCCGGGAGUGGACCUGGGAGGUUGAUCUUGGCGAGCGACGCCUUCGGAGGUCGAUCUUGGCGAACGACCUUGGAGCUGGUCUCCCUCACGCUCCCCCUUGUCAUCGUCCACGGCCGCAUGGGCGCAGCCAGGCCCUUCAUCAAAGGGCGGGCCAAGGUGGCGCCCCGUUCCGAAUUCGCGAACGGCUAAAUCGCGCCAGCCGCAGUCGGGGGACCUGUGUUCCUUGCGGCAGGUGCGCUCCGCUUCGUCGCAAAGGCGACGCUAUCGCGGGCAUUCAAGAUUGAACGCCGCCAGCGGCCCAGAAGCCGCCG